CACUAUGGCGUGAUUCUUAUCCGAACACAGUUUUGGACCAAAGAAGGAGCAUGUUUUAAUGUUUUAUAGGCUUAUUUAGGAUGCCAGAUAGAAAACAGAGCAGAAUAAAACCUUUGUCUUUGAUGGCUCUUUUUGCACAUCUGCCUUGAUGGGUCCAACAGCUGUGCAGGUCAAAACUAUCCUGAAGCCGUCUGUGCUCCCCACUGGCCUGCUUUACGCCAUCCUGCCCAACCAGCUGAGAGAUAAAAGAGCAAUAACAAAAGAGAAAAGGUGAUGAUUAGGCUCAAAUCAGUGAGUGUGAAAUGGGAGGGGCUGUCGUGCGCUGACAAAGCAUGAAGGCAAUUUACCAUUUAAUCAAAGUACUUUUUUGGUUGCGUCCAAUUCCAGGCAAUGAUGAAUUCUUUUUUUAGUUGAGGGCAGAUGUGUGGUUUCUAGCUGUGUGGACACAGUGGACGGCAGAGGUCUGGAGCUUUGCCUAAAAUUGUUCGUGCCAAUCAUCUCUGCCUCAGCGGCCCUGCACUUCUGUCCCCAGCUUCACAGCGCACACACACACACACACACACAUUCUGGUUGUAAGAAGCUUAGGGACAGAUGUUUGUUUAUGUAUGUGUGAGAGCACAUGUGCACAUGAACACGUGUGCUGUGUAGGGGAGUGUGAGAUGACCGGUUCUUUAAGAAGGCGUCGAAUGAUAGCGGCUCUGUUCGUACCACAAACUGAACUCUUUGUCUCGUGAUCAGCUGACUAUAAUGUUUCUCAUGUUUCUUCUUACCAAAGCAAAAUACAUUACCAUGUUCACUGUGUGGACUCCAACAGUAUGUUUGUGACACACCUUGAAGUUGAAUCCCGAGGCUGACUUUUCACACAGAAAAGAUUUUCAGUUUGGUCUCAUGAUUGUUCAUGAUUUGUUAUUGUAACAUUAUAUUUAGAAAUACUCCUUAUUAAUUUGCCGUCCAUCUUUCAUUGAAGCACACGCAGCCUUGAUUCGCUGGUCAAAGUGAACCGCUCUGCUCCGUGUGCCACUGUUGCAACACACCACAUGCACAACAAUGGAGGUGACACAUGGCAAUAUGCAAUAUAGCAUUCUUGUAUGUGGCCGCUUCCAUUGAUUGGUGCUCAAGGUAUUUAAAAUAACUUUUUCAUUAUUUAAAGUGUAGGGUCCACACUCCAGAUUCAGAAAUAAAUGCUCACAUACUUGGAGGGCGCAUGACGCUAAUGUACAGAGUGUUUAAAUGCUUCAGUGGGUGUGAAGGAUAUUUUAGCUUCUUCAUGUAUUCCAUGGGUGGCUCGUCAGACCGCCUUAUGUAACAGCUUCACAGUUGUGCGCAGAGGGAGUCAAAGUAAGCAGGGACUCUGUUUGAGUGUUUUGUUGGCACUGGAGGAGAUUUGAGGUGUCCGUAAAGCCCAGAGUCUGAUUCAAUCCCAGGUCAUGGGCUAAAUGCUGGGACCUUCAAUUUACAGUCUCUUCCUCCGUCACAGAUGGCGUGAUCACAGUGGUGUGACCUCUGAUGGCAAUGUCUUCCCCAGCAGUAGAGGAAUUGAUAAGGGCAUGUGUGCGGCUGCGUGUAUAGGUCCAGAUGUGUGUGUGACUCAGAGGUCAGUGUCAUGGCUUCUUGCUCCACACUGUCACAGCCGGGACCAGCGGACCUCAGCCCUGAAUGGUUUUCUUUCCAUUCUCAGUUACGCAACAGUCAUCUAAGCCCCUCGCCUCCCAAAGCUCUCCCUUGAGAUUUUAUUACUUCACCAUAUUGCCUGCCUGGCUGCGCAAUUUUUUUAAAUGUCAAUUUUCACAACAACUCAAACAAAAGGCGAAAUAGACGCCGGCGGGGUCCAUCUGCAGGUCGAGCAGGAGGCCGAUGGCGAUGGCAGGACCCCUCUGGAGGACGACCACGGAGACGGGACAUUACAGGAACACGAUCAUGAGACCAGGUAUCGGCCGGGCCACUCAAGGCUAAUGUACUGGAGGCUGGUUGCUAGCAGGCGGGAGGUUAACAAACUGGGAGACAGAAUGGUGGCGAACAGACAAGGAGGAGUGAGUGGUUUGCAGAAGUUCGUACUGUUGUAGUUUGGAGUGCAGGAGCAGGACUCAAAUGCAGAUACUAAAGCAGGCUGAAGGGUAGCAUGCUGAUGGCCAACAUGCUGGUAGCAAGCAGGCUGGAGAUACGAAGUGUUGCACGGCGGUUGCGAGAUGUAUAUGUGCAAAUAAAGUCCUCUGCUAUUUAAGCAGUCGUUUCCUUAAGGCUUAAUGACACAACUGCCCCCUUUCCCCCACUACUGGAGGCAUAUUUCCAGUCAUUUUGGAGACACAGGAGGGUAUAAAUCACCUCCUAAAGUUCUUGACCCCUGCUGGGUCCAUUAUAGUCAGAUUAUACUGUCACCAUUAGGAGAGCUGGCAGCAGAGGAAGGACCCCAGAUGAGGACAGGCAGACUGAUUAUUACAAUCAGUCUUGUAACCAUGCCUUAAGGGUGCUUUACAGUAUGUAUGAUAUUUACACGUUGGCCCGUGAGAGCAGGUCCGCAGAAGGUAACUUAAGGAUACAUGAAGAAACCAGAGAUAUGCUUUGGGCAGUCUGUGUGUGUGGCUGAUACUUGGCAAGCAAUGAGUUUUCAGCAGUAGCAAAGUGACACUGAACUAAUGUGGUGAAGGAAUAUCACUAUUUCGCUGUCGGGAUGAUGAUGAUGAGUAGAUCUGUUUGUAUGAAUUAUGAAUUAUGUCGUGCUUGCUUUUUAAUUUCAUCUUUCUAUUUUGUAGCCAGGCCAUUAUAAUACUCCUGUUUGUGCAGCCAAACCCAGGACGUUGUUUGGACACACACACACACACACACACACACACACACACACACACACACACACACUAAUCAUCACUGCUUGGCUCAGCGGAGGGAGCCAACUCCGUUCAACAACAUAAAUGAGACGCUCCACUCUGCGUUAUGUAACACGCAUGGUCAGUGCGGACGGUUGGACACCUUCUUGGUCUGUUCGGUGCUCGAGGUCAGAGCGAGCGGUGCGCGGCGCAACAGAUGCCGCACCAAGAAAUAAGCCUUUAAUACUCCGAGGACUCAGGAGAGGGUAACUACACUCAACUCACAAUACAGACUUAAGUGAAACCCCUCACGCAACUUAUCGGUGUCUCCGGCGGUGUCCUGCGCGUCGCGGUUUCUUUGGACAUACUUUUUUUCUUUACGCACAACACGGCGGACACAUCCACCUGCUUCAGAGGUAAACUCUGUCUCAUGGCACACUUGUCCAUGUCUCAUUUACUGGAGCCAGUUGAACGAUAAUCUAAUCUGGUUGUUCCGACGGUGAUAGAGGACCCCUUUAACCACCAUGCCACCCAAGAAAAAGGGAGAGCGUCAGGACUCGGACGUCGUCGAGGAAAGAAACGCCCAGGUGCAGCUGGAGAAGGCCAAGUACAAGCCUGUGGCAUUUGCAGUACGUUGCAACUUCUCCUACACGCCAGCAGACGACGACAACGUUCCCGUGCCGGGCCAGGCCGUCACCUUUGAGGCCAGAGACUUCCUCCAUGUCAAAGAGAAGUUUAACAAUGAGUGGUGGAUCGGCCGGCCGGUGAAGGAGGAUGGUGUGGUGGGCUUCGUCCCCAGUCCAGUCAAUCUGGAAACCAUUCUCAUCAGAAGAGAAGUGCAGGCGAGGAAAGCUGCCAAGGCCUUAGCCAACAAAGCAUCCACUCAAGUAGCUCAAGAUAUGAACUCAAAGAAGUAUACCCCUCCAUCCCAAGCCAAUCAGCAGGUGAAAAAGAAACCGGGGGAGCAGGUGUCUAUGUAUGAUGUAGUGCCUACAAUGCGUCCUGUGGUUCUAAUGGGACCAUCACUGAAGGGCUUAGAUGUUACAGAUAUGAUGCAAAAAGCACUCUUUGACUUUUUAAAACAUCGAUUUGAAGGCAGGAUUACUAUUACACGGGUCACAGCAGACAUCUCUCUGGCUAAGCGCUCCAUCCUCAACAACCCUGGCAAAAAGGCCUUAAUGGAUCGGUCGAACACUCGCUCCAAUUUAGAUGCUGCUGCCCAGAUCCAGGGGGAGGUGGAGCGCAUCUUCGAGCUGGCCCGCAGCCUGCAGCUGGUGGUUCUAGAUGCAGACACAAUUAACCACCCCAUCCAGGUGUCCAAGACCUCCCUGGCGCCGAUCCUCGUCUACGUCAAGAUCUCCUCACCAAAGGUGUUGACGAGACUGAUCAAGACUAGAGGGAAGUCACAGACCAAGCAUCUUAAUGUUCAGAUGGUGGCAGCAGACAAGCUCGCCCAGUGCCCUCCGGAGAUGUUUGACGUCAUCUUAGAUGAGAAUCAGCUAACUGACGCCUGUGAGCACGUUGCUGAUUAUCUGGAGUCUUACUGGAGAGCCACUCAUCCGCCAGAGAUGGAGCCUGCCAACGCACUAGUGGCCCAGCUGGCCGAGAAUACGCUGCCCACCAGUCCUUCAGCAAUACCGGAUGGGCAGAAAAACAAGAAGUCCGCUGCCACUAAGAGGAAGGGUUCCCGGGAGAACCAUCUAGACCAGGAGCAACCGCCAGCCCCGGCACAGGAGCCGAGGGCUGAGGAGGAAGAGCAGCUCCUGAAGACUGAACCAAAGAAACCCCAGCACACCCACCACCAUCACCACCACCACCACCGCCGGAUGGAGCAUCACAGCCACGCCCAGCACAACCAAACAUCCGGCGGCGUGGAAGUGCGGUCAAGCAGGGAUUACAGACAGAGGCCUCCCCGCAGGCCCCUGCCUGAGGAGAGGGAGGAGGAGGUGGAGGAUGCGGUGGGGGAGGACGAGGACGAGGAGGAGACGCGCUAUAACCACCGAGGCCAUAACCACCACCAUCAUAACAGCAACCACCACCAUCACCACCAACAACAACAACAACAACAGCAACAACAUCACCACCGUGGGAACAGCCAUUCACACGUCGGGGAAAACUAUGAGCAGGAGCACAAUGAACGCAACCGUCAGCGUAGGCAUCACCAGCAUAUUCCACCACGGACACACCACACAGAUCACUAUCCUGCACACAAUCAUCACAACUACCACGGGAGAGACAGAGACAGGGACAGAGACAAAGACAGGGACAGAGAAAGACACAAGGACAGGGAAAGAGACGGAGACAGAGAUAGGGAUCGAGGUAGAGAUAGAGAUGCACGACAAUGGCACAGGGAUUCCUAUAUACACUAGUGACUGUUGUUUGUUGUGGGUUGGUGCAUUGUUUUAUGUUGCUCAAGUUAUAAUGCACUAAUGGAUGGGGCAGGAUGCGUCGUCUUUGUGGACUGGAUCUGUUUAUUUUUACCCUUUGCCACUCACACACACUUUGUCCUUCUUUCUUGUUCUUUACCAGAAUUAAUAUUAUCACUGUCCAUUUUAUUUUCACCUACUUGACAUUGGUCGAGAUAAAUGCAACGUUGUGCUUGUGCACGAUGUCUUUGAAAGUUUUUUAUAUUUUGCAUUGGUUGCGCAAAAUGUUCAUAAGCCAAGAACAGUUGAGAUUUUGAUGAUUUUAUUUCAUCCGUUAUCUCAAGAUCACAAGUUAGUUGUUUUUCUUAUCUCUGGUCUGUUUGAAUGUGGUAACAGAAUAAUGACACCGAGUUGCUGGUUCAUUGGGGACACCGAGCUAAAACUAAUGCAGUCUUAUGCAACAGUCUUGCAAUAAAUUCCAUCUUCGUGAAGGUUACAGUGUUCAACUUUUAUUGUGUUGAUUCAACUUUAUGGUAAUUUUGGAGGAUGUAGUUUGUGAAGCUGUUGGUUGUAUUUCAUACUGACUUGUUUUACUCUUAUUUAGUCUACCCACAUUGACAUAAAUGGGAUGGACAAAAUUCAGUUUAACAGCCUCACAAACUACAUCCUCAUGCAGAUGAAUCAACGCCUCUCUAAAACAGUUCCAAUACAAACUGAACAUCAUAACCUUCAUAGCGGUAGGCUUUAUUGCAGGACUGUUUGUAUUAGAUUGCAUUCGUUUUUGCUCGGUGUACCUCAACUGGCAACUGGAGUGUGUAUUUUGAGAAAGUCCAAAAGUCCUUUUCUCGUGAUAUCUCCCAGAACUUUUUUUUUUCUUAAGAAAGCCAAAAAAUUAUCCUGUGUAAAGUUUCAACAAUUAGUCAAUUUCAGUUGAAUAAUUAUCUAAAUAACUUAUUCAUCAUUCAAUCAGAACUUUUCUUAGCAAAAAUAACCAAACAUUAUCUGUAGGAUGAAAUGUAAGAUUUGAAAACAAGCAUUUGAAGAUGUGACCUUGUAACCUGAGAAAUUGUUUGUUUGUUUUCGACACUAAAUGGUGAAUUGAUUAAGCAACAAAGUAAUCGGUAGAUUUAUUGAUAACAAAAAUAAUCAUUAGUUUGAAAACAGUUCUCUGUAUUCCCGACACAAUGAAAUAAUUAACAUGUGAUCUCGAGAUAAAAUAAAAUAGUUGACAACAGCUGUUCUCAGCUUCUGUACAAUUAAUGCAUAUUAUGAUUAUUAUAUUACUUUGUUUUUACAAAGUUACACAAAUCGGUGCAUCUCAAAAAGCCAACAGUUUAUUUUAAACAUCGGUAAGGAAACUAUUUUUCUACACAAACGUAAAGGGAAGUCCUACUUUGCUUCCUACUUUUCUAAAUGGUGUUCAAGCGUAUCUAUUGACUUGCAUUUGCUCUGUCGGGAAGCAUGGAAAAUCUUUUGGUGACACUGACCUGUGCUUUAUGCUGGAUACUCUAUGCAUCUUCUUGUGAUGAAAUAUAUUGCUUGAAUACAAUCUCUAUGCAUUUGUACAUACUUCAUAAUUGCCUUGUUAGGUUGGCUAAAUGUGAGGAGAACCAGAGAGCCUGUUGCACUGGUUGGUACUUGACCUACUGUAUAUGUUUGCUUUGAGUUGACGAGACUGAGAUGACUCUGGUCCUUUCAAAAAGAUUUGUUUUGGUUAUUUUUGUUUUGUACAGCUUUCAGGAGUUCAUUUUGGCAAAUAUGCAUUCUAAAAUCAUUAAAAUGUACAACAAAGAAUCUGUUAAUUGACAUUUUAUUUUGGAGAUUCACUCCAGCCACUUCCUCACAUAUUACUCUCCAGAUCCAUGGAUUUGUCCUUGACAUGAAAGCUGCUUGAUGAAUUAAUGUGUCGCAUACACCACUUUAAUGUCGCAGCUGGUUAAAGUGUGGCUAAUUUGUGUUACUUGAUAUAAGCUACUGCUGAUUAGCUUGGGAAGUUCCCCAUGUCGAUAUAUACAGUCUUAAUUAAUCUAUAAUGGUACAUCAUUUAUUUUAUUGAUGAGUUUUAUAUUAAUAAUCUGAAUCUGGAAAGUAAUUACUAAAUUAAAGUUAGAUCAAAUAAAUGUAAUGUAUAAAAAGUAGGCUAUAACCUUUCGCUCUUAAAUGUAGUAGAGUUGAAGUAUAAAGUAGCAGAAAAUGGAAAUACUCAUCUAAAGUACAAGUACCUUAGAAUUGUACUUCAGUAGCACAACAGAACUUGAGUGCGUGUUAAACACUCACUGGGUUGGGGUUAGGGUGGACCAAGAUGGGAAUGCACUCUGAGCAGUCUGCCACUGAAGUGAUCACAGGUGAGGUUGGCAAUGCCUCCUUUGAUAUUUAAAAAUAUUUGUGACAAACAUUAACAUGCUGUCACGCCACUGCGAAAACGGAUAACGCUAAGUCUCUGGAAAAAGAAACUCUGAGGUGAGUUGUGAAGAAUAACAAACGAUAGUAAGUGAACAACGUAUUUAAUGCUAAACUAAACAGGGAUGGACUCCGUCGUCAAUUAACGCGAGUCAGUUAAAACAUCUGCCUGUCUGUCUGUCACUGAUAUUUCAAUGCUUCUUGCUCGCUGGGUUUUCUUAAAUGUCUCGGUGGCUGACUGUGAAUGAACCAAACUGCUGUGUUGAUGUUCUGUUACGUGCUGUGCAGCUUGGGCCAAGUUGCGGUUGUGUUUUAACUGCCCCUCAUAUGCAGACACUGUCGCAGGGACAGUCUGUCGUGUUUUGGAUAGUUUGAUAAUUUCUCACUCUUUUGCAUUAAUUGUUUGUUCCAGCCACCUGUUGACUGUGCGUGACCUGUGCACGAGGAGCACGUGUGCAGAAGGUCUGUUGGUUGCUUGUGAGUAGUGAAGAUAGUUGCCUACUUUGUAUUUUGUCUUUAAGCUGUUUUGAGCUUGUCUUGCGUGUUCUGGACAUCAAGAACAAAACUGAAUAACUGUUUUAACUGCGACUACACAAUAACAUCGCCAUUUACUAGCAGCCUCUUGGUAGGUUUAGAUGUGUCCACUCCCUCUAAUAGUGUUGUCCUUAUGCUGUUCCUCCUGGUUAUUUUAUUUGCUCUCAGUAAACAUAGCUUUUCUCUUUUAAAAAGUAAUAUAUCAUGAAUUCAACAGAUUUAAUCAAAGUUUAAUGUUUAUUUUACAUGUGAAAACCCUGAAGAAUGAUCAGUAACCACAGCCAGCAGAUAAAUGUAAAGGAUAUAAAAGUACAAUAUUCAUGUCAGCGGUGGGCUAAAAUACUCUACAAAAUGCUAAUAAAAAACAUUAACUGUUUAAGCUGAGUAAAGCUUCACUGAAUUCAAUCAAAUAGAUUCUGCUGAAACAUCACAUGGCUGUAACAGGCCCAGGAUUCUCCUCCUCUGCAUUUUCUACCAGUUUAUUGGUGUCGAACCGCUCGUUGUUGAAGAAGAGUGGGUUGUCAAAGGUAGAUAACUUCUUGGGGAUCGAUAAGCGGCGUCUAGACUUCUUGAAGAGAAACACGGUGAUGCCUGUUCCUAUGGCAAUCACUGUACUGACCAGCACAACUGCCAAAAUACUGUGGCCACGGGUUUGAGGUUCCACUGAAGGAGUUACUGUACAGAUUCAACACGUAGAGGAUGAGCCAGAAGAACAAAUUUAUAAUUAUUAUUAGAGAAAUAUAAAGAAUAUAGAGAUGUAACUUACCAGUUGUCUGUGGUGCGCUUCGUAAUGCUAGAAAGAUACCAAACAUGAACAAAAUCAUGUAUCAUUACAUUAUACUCUAAAUAUCAAUUCAUGAAUGUAUUUUUGAUUUGUCACUAUAUGUUCCACAUUCCUGUUACUUUAAUUCAAACAGCAUGAUGAUCUCACUUUUAGAUGUUUUGCAAACGUAUCCUCGUUCAUACCGCCCGUUCGCUGUCGACCAUUUCGCAUUUGCAGUUUGAAUGGUUCCAUAACUGCUGUCAGAUGGUUCAUCGUAAUUCCAGUUAGUGUAGUCCAUGGUAGCUUUAUCCAACCACUGCCAGAGGCCUGGGGACAAAUAGAAAUCCAGUAUUUACUUCUUUUUUUUAACAGAUAAAGCUUUUCUUGAAUUUGUUACUUAAUAUCUGUUUUUUCAAUGUGAAUGGAAACAAGAUUUUGCAACAUUUAAGUUUUACAAAUGUGCUUGUAUAACCUAACAUUCCCCAUAUUGUGUUGAUUGUGUACUGACCCCAAAGCCACAAUAAAGUUGUUUUGAGGAAACACUUUAGCAGACAGUUGUCUAUCAGCAAACGCAGAGCAACAUUAGCAUUUGUAGAUGUGUUUCUAUCGACCUGAAGAAUGCCAAACAAAACGUUCAGACUCCUUUUAGCCCUGUUUUGACUCAGGGAAACAUUACUUUUGAGCUGCUUGAAGGAAUACGUCAACCUUAAAAUGUCCAUUUGUGUAUCAAUUACUCACAUGUGACCUUCAAGUAUUGAAGAAAAAGUUAUUUUUCUCGCAUGCUUCCGCAGUGAGCAAAGAAUCCAAAAACGCACGAAAACAGAGUAAAUCCUUGAUGAA